CCGUCAUCUCAAAUUCAACUACAGCUAGCCAUUGCUAAACCCUCCUAAUCCUAUCCUCCUCUCUCUCUCUCUACGCAAACGCAGUCACUUCAGCAGAGAGAAGAACCGACAAUGGCGGCCUCAUGUGCAUCUCUGUCCAACAUCAGCUCGGUUUCAACUCCACGAAGCGUGUCGCCGGUCAAAAUUUCGAGCUCACUUUGCUCCUUCGCGUCUGUCAAGCCUCCGAAAUGUGCAUUUUCUUCGCUGUCAUCAUCCAGCUCUCUCUCCGGUCUGACGCUGCCUCGUUGUGCGAUUAGGAGCAGAAGCGCCUCCAUGCCUUUCAGAGUCCGAGCUGUGGCUGAGGAAGCUGCAUUGCAAGCGAAAGUGACCAACAAAGUUUUCCUCGAUAUAAGCAUUGGAAACCCAGUAGGGAAGUCUGUGGGAAGAAUUGUAAUUGGCUUGUAUGGUGAUGACGUGCCACAAACUGCAGAAAAUUUCCGUGCUCUAUGCACAGGUGAGAAGGGAUUUGGUUACAAGGGUUCGGCAUUCCACCGUGUUAUCAAGGAUUUCAUGAUUCAAGGAGGAGAUUUUGACAAAGGAAAUGGCACUGGUGGAAAAAGCAUCUACGGACGUACCUUUAAAGAUGAGAACUUUAACCUGGUUCAUUCUGGACCUGGAGUUCUUAGCAUGGCAAAUGCUGGCCCCAAUACCAAUGGCAGCCAAUUCUUCAUUUGUACUGUCAAGACUGCAUGGCUGGACCAGAAGCAUGUUGUAUUUGGACAAGUUCUGGAGGGUAUGGAUGUUGUUAGGACGAUUGAAUCACAAGAAACCGAUAGAGGUGAUCGUCCGAGGCUCAGGGUUGUGAUAAGCGAUUGCGGUGAACUUCCAGUGGCUUAAGGGUGAUUUAGGGCCAAUGAAUGAGGCUUUUUUGUGAUGGGAUAAUCCUAAGAGGACAGUUGAGGCUUUGUCAAACUAUUUCUCUAUGUUGAGGGAAUUGUAUUUGUACUUGUCAUGUUAACUUUUCGAUAAUAAAUGAAAUUAAUUCUCCUUGACAUUUA